AUGUCAAUCAAACUUUCAACAUUGUUCAACGGAUUGUUGUUCAUAGUAUUGUUGUCCUCUACUCUUCUCGUUUCAAGAUCAGAAGGCUACAAAUUUAGAGCAGCCAACUACACUGGCACAUUCUCAAACAGUUCAUUGCCAGCUCCAUUUGAGACUGAAAUGAAUGGAUACUACAACUUGACUUAUAAUGCAACAAGUGAGACUGUCAGCUUCUGGCUCUAUGUCAAUGAUACCACCAUCUCAAAGAGCAUUAAGCAGGUCAAUCUUACCGCCGCUGAGCCUGGUCAGAGAGGCGAGAGACAAAUAACAUGGUCCACAAUCUUUGGAAAGUACUUUGGUACCAUCUUCACGUUUAGCAACCUCGGCAAGGGUCUCAACUCAUCGACCACCAUUCUCAUGCAAUGUCCAGACCAAUCCAAGAACAUUCAAUUGUACAUUGAUGUGGGCAACACCUCCACAAUCUUUCUCCGUGCUCCAUUGAUACUUGAGGCCUACUAUCCAAAUCAAGACAACAUAUCAUGUGAUCCAACGCCAGCAACAACCACUACCACCACAACUACAACGACAACAACAACUACUUCUCCAUCUACAACUACAGCUACAACUUACAACUACAAUGACAAUGCCAUCUACAUCUAA